GCAAUAGACUCAGAAAGAAAAGAAAAUAAACGAUAAGAGUAAAAGAUAUACCAAAAAUGAGUUUCGCAGGAAAAUCAGUGAUAAUCACAGGUGGAAGCUCCGGUAUUGGAGCUGCCACAGCCAGGCUGUUUGCUGAACAAGGAGCCAGCGUAGUCAUAGUCGGACGAAACCAAACCAAACUGACUGCUGUAGCUGAAAAACUUUCAAAGAAUGCCAAAUCAUUGAGUCUUAAAGCUGACGUCACUACAGACGCUAAGAAAAUCAUCGACGAAACUGUGAAUAAGUUUGGCAAAAUUGAUAUAUUGGUUAAUAAUGCAGGGUUUGGCAAAUACGGUAGUCUUUCUGAUGGGAAAUUCUUGGAAGCUUAUGAUACCAUAAUGAGAACUAAUAUGAGAGCUGUAGCUGAACUUACUAUGUUAGCUGUUCCUCAUUUAACGAAGACUAAAGGGAAUAUCAUCAAUAUUUCAAGUGUUGCGGCGAAGUCUCUGCCGUUUGAUGGAAAGCUUCUGCCUUAUUGUGUUUCUAAGGCUGCUUUGGACCAUUUUACUAGAGGCGCCGCAUUGGAAUUUGCUCCCAAAGGUAUCAGAGUUAACAGCGUCAACCCCGGUCCGGUGGCGACAGACUUCUUCGAUAACAUGAAUUUCGAACACACUCUUGAUGAUCUAAAAGAGAUGACUGCUCUGAAUAGAGUCAGUACUUCCGACGAGGUUGCUGAACUAAUUUUGUACCUUGCUGGUGAUAAAGCUAUAGGAAUCACUGGAUCGAUUAUGGUUACCGACAAUGGGUAUCUGUUGAGAAACUAAAGCGGACUGCGAUGUUACGACGGGAAAACUUUUAGGUUUUGGUAUCUGUGACAUUUAUGUCGAUACCAUCAGCACUAUUUCAAGUCCCAAAAGGUAUUUUCUCAGUCUUUAAAACUCAGUGAUAUUUUGUUUUAUAAGUAUUGUGUUGUGUUUUUCGUUAAUAGGUUUCCUACUGUAGUAUUGUGACAAUGAUAAUAUGAAAUUUUAUUUGGUUCUGUUCCGAUUCGUUACGCUACGCCGCGUUUCAUAGUUAAUAAAUACCUCAUAAUUAUGUACGAUGUAGCACUAAUACUAAGUGUAGUGACGUCAUAGUAUUUCAUAAAUUUAAUAAAACAGUUUAGUCUAGUUUAUUUCUCUCUACAUUACAAAUUUCAUACAAAUACAACUACAUGCCAUUUUAUACUACUUUUCGAAAAGUGAGCGUAAAAUUUACAAUAUAAUGAAGAAAUAAUUAUAUUAUAGUGAAUCAUAAGUACACAAUAGUGCACAUGUACAAAAUGGUAAAUUAUAGAAUGCUAGAAGUGAGACGCAAUCUGGCUCUUGUAACGUAUGUGUUUCGUCUGGUACGGGGAAUAAUAUACAACCCAUUUUUGUUGUCCAAGGUAGGCUUUAUGGUACCUAGAACUAAUCUGGUGCGACUUCAUAGAAUGAGGUUAUUUGCAGUACCUACCACACGAUGUAGAGUGAGUGAGAUGGCCCCCCUGCCCCGUGCACUUAGGUAUCUAAAUCAGUUGCUUAACUUCGACUCCUCAUUGGACCUCUUUGCAUGCUUAGAAACAAAAUUCAUAUUUUCCGCAGGACGCUAUCUGGAGUCCUUGACCGGAGACAGUAGUAUUAAA